GAGCCGCUGAUUGCGGCGGCAGCGCCCAGCGUGGCGGCGCCUGGGGGACUCAGCUCUGGCUUCACACUUGCCCCGCUGCACACGCGGAGCCCGAGACGGGGAGUCGCCGCCCAUCAGCAACCGCCCGCCCAGCCUGGCUGGCCCCAGUGCAGGCAGCAGCGGGGACCCGGGUGCUUUGCGGAAACUGCGCCUCCCCCCGUCCUAUUUCUGCGGUUUGGAUGCGCAUGAGAGCGGAGCAGCCGCUAGCGGGAAGCAGCACCGCUCAGCCCGGCUGCAACGGGCGCUGAGAGGGCGGGCGCCUGCCUCAGAAACCGCCGCUCCGCUCGGCUCCCACCCCGGACCGGUGGCUUUAACUCGCUGCCGUCCCCGCGGUUUGUCCCCCCGUCUCAAACUUUCAGCCUGUCCCCGCUGCCGGGCAGAGCCCGGCCCCACAUCCAUGGUGGAGGCGAUAGUGGAAUUUGACUACAAGGCUCAACAUGAUGAUGAGCUGACAAUCACAGUAGGUGACAUAAUCACCAAUAUCAAGAAAGAGACUGGAGGCUGGUGGGAAGGACAGCUCAAAGGCAGAAGAGGUUUGUUCCCUGACAACUUUGUAAGAGAAAUAAAGAAGGACAUGAAGAAAGAAAGUAUUGCCAACAAACCACCAGAGAAGCCAAUGGAUGAAGUUUCCAAUGGAAGCCCUUUACUGUUUUCUGAGACAAUUAGAACCACCAGAAAAGGGGAGAGAAAUAGGAGGAGAAGAUGUCAGGUGGCUUUCAGUUACAUGCCUCAAAAUGAAGAUGAGCUGGAGUUAAAAGUUGGUGACAUCAUUGAAGUGAUGGGAGAAGUGGAGGAGGGCUGGUGGGAAGGAAUUCUCCAUGGAAAGACUGGCAUGUUUCCUUCCAACUUCAUAAAGGAACUUUCUGUUGAUUCUGAUGAUGUGGAAAUCGCACAGGAGGAACAACUAAUAAAGCCAAGAAAGUCUGCCUUUCAUGGGACAGUUCUGUACAGAGUGGCACAAGCAAAGAUUGACAGCUACAGACGCUAUAACAGUUUAAGAGAUGCUACAGGCUCUGAGAGUGAUGGUGGUGACUCAAGCAGCACAAAAUCAGAAGGAGCCAAUGGAGCAGCAGCAAUCCAACCCAAAAAGGUCAAGGGGAUUGGUUUUGGAGAUAUCUUCAAAGACAAACCAAUAAAGCUACGACCAAGGUCAAUAGAAGUAGAAAAUGACUUCCCACUAGUAGAAAAGACUGUUGGGAAGAAAUUACCUCCAGCUACAGCAGCUCAAGAGCCAACGAAAAUAGAAAUGGACAGCAGAACCAAGAUCAAGGAGUAUUGCAAAGUAAUAUUUCCAUAUGAAGCACAGAAUGAAGAUGAACUAACAAUCAAAGAAGGGGAUAUCGUCAUACUUAUCAAUAAGGAUUGCAUUGAUGCAGGCUGGUGGGAAGGAGAACUCAAUGGCAAGCGUGGAGUGUUUCCAGAUAACUUUGUCAAGCUUCUUCCCUCUGAUUUUGAAAAAGAGAGACCUAAGAAACCACCACCUCCAUCAGCUCCUGUCACCAAACAAGGGUCAGGUACCACAGACAGAAAACAUGAAUUAAAAAAGGUACCUCCUGAAAGGCCAGAAUGUCUUCCUAAUCGAACCGAGGAGAAAGAAAGACCAGAAAGAGAGCAAAAACUGGUAGAUUUGCACAAGCCUUCAGUCCCUGCUAUACCUCCGAAGAAACCUCGACCACCAAAAACGAACUCUCUGAACAGACCUGGUACAUUGCCCCCAAGACGACCAGAAAGACCAGCUGUGCCUCUGACGCAUACAAGGAAUGAUAGUACAAAAGUAGAAUUAGUGAGCAGUACGGUAUCCGGAAUCUUGGAGAAGGACUCCUCAGAAAGAAGCAGUGACAUUGAUCUGGAAGGUUUUGAUUCUGUAGUACCAGUUGCUGAGAAGCUCAGUCAUCCAACUACAACCAGACCAAAAGCUACUGGCAGACGACCUCCAUCCCAGUCACUCACAUCUUCCUCCCUUUCAAGUCCUGAUUUCUUUGACUCACCAAGCCCUGAAGAGGAAAAGGAAGAACAUGUGUCCAUUAUACAUAAAGCAACUGAAGUGUCAAAGAAAACAAAGACUGUUACAAUAUCACAAGUGUCUGAUAAUAAAACUGCAUUGCCUCCAAAACCAGUGGGUUUGACUAGUGGGAGUAAUAUACAAGCAUCAUUAUCCUCAUCCUCACCUGUACUUCAUUCAGUUACUGUGGGAACAACAGGCCAUAGGUCAAAUUCCCCAUCUUUGUUCAGUACUGAAGGAAAGCCAAAGACUGAGCUCUCAAGCCAGAGUCCAGCAGCCUUGGAGGAGCUGAGGAUACAAGUUAAGGAGCUAAGAAAUAUCAUUGAGACAAUGAAAGACCAGCAAAAAAAAGAGAUUAAACAAUUGUUGUCUGAAUUGGAUGAAGAAAAAAAGAUCCGUCUACGAUUACAGAUGGAAGUUAACGACAUAAAGAAAAUUCUUCAAUCAAAAUGAAUACUUGAUAGGUGGAAUGUUACAUUAUUCAUCAUGACUGUGACUCAAAUUUAUGCCCCAGCCAAAAUAACUUUGUGCCAAAUGAUCUAAGAAUUGCCUCAAUAUCCCUUUGUUUGAAGGAUUAGCACAAGAGUUUUUGAUAGCACAACACAAAUUCCAAUGAAGAAGAAAAAAUUCUACGGGAUGCAGUUGCUGUAUAGCACUGGUUGUGACUGAAAUUGAUCUUAUUGUGCUAAAGUCUCUACUUCAAGAUCACAAAUGAAAUGAAAAAACUCAGGCAGUUUAGUCCAUAGUGGUACUAUUUUGAUGAUAUUUUUCCAUAAAUAAAAUGUAUUUCAGAUUAUCUGUUUACAAGCUUUAUGAUUUUGACUUUUUUUUAAAUUGUCUUCUGUCACAGGUUCCUAAAAUAUUUGUACUGCAUAUAACCAGGAAUGAAUGUUGAUGUUUGGGGGGCGGGGGUAUUAUUUUGCUUCAGGUAGAACAGCCUACUUUUUGUGUUAUGUUUUGAAUUCUAUUACAUAUGCAAUUUUAUGUCCAAAAAUAAUCCAUGAGAUAAAUUUGUGUAGAAUGGCAUAUUUAAAAAAAAAAAGAAAAUCUUGUCUUUACAAUGAUUUGUGCCUUCUUUUUGCCACCCCCUGAUUGGAACUGGUUGCAAACCAGAUCUCAAUAAUGUAUCUGCCAUGACGACACCAGUCACUUAGGUCCACUAGAGGUCACUCUUCCAAUGUAUAGCUGCUCAGUCAACAUAGCCAGAUGUGUGCUAUAACAGCAUAAGGUUGGGAGCAGCUUUGUCUUACCAGCUGUGGUUUUUUAGCUUUCCUGUUUAAUAGGACUCUCAUUCAGCUAGAAAAUUCAUCUCUGCUUGAUUUUCAUUAGAAAAGUUAAACACCUGCCUCCGUCCCCAUUUUUGCACACUUUGAGUGAACAGAAUAUGCAUUACUAAAGCAAAAAUAAAUAAAAUUAACUAAAUAUCAUCAGUUAAAAGGUUGUAUUAUUUCAUACACAAGGUUCUCUUUGUUGUGUGAUGUUGUUUAACUUGCUAUUUAUGUGAUGUCAUUUGCCACAUUCUGUUGUAAGCUUUCUAACAGAUGAAAUAGAAGGCUCUCUUAAUAAUA